ACGGAGGAGGAAGAAGGGGGAAACGGAGGAGGAAGAAGGGGGGAAGGAAGGAGAAAAUAAAAUAAAGAGGAAAAAGAAAAGAAAAUUUCAGAGGCCGAGGCAAUGGGAGAUUCCAGCAGCUCGGUGUCUAUUGAUAUGGAGACGAUCCCUCUGGGAGGACAGGAGCAUAUCUUACAUACAAGUCAUGGUCCUCUCUCUGUAACUGUAUUCGGAGAUGUUGAUAAGCCAGCACUUGUAACUUACCCUGACGUUGCUUUGAAUCAUAUGUCUUGCUUCCAAGGAUUAUUCUGUUGCCCUGAAGCUGCUUGCUUGCUGCUUCACAACUUCUGCAUCUAUCAUAUUGAUCCUCCUGGACAUGAGUUGGGAGCAGCUGCUAUUUCUUCUGAACGACCUCUUCCUUCUGUUCAUGAUUUAGCAGAUCAGGUUGCUGAAGUUCUGGAUUUUUUCGGGCUCAGCAGUGUUAUAUGCAUGGGGGUCACAGCGGGUGCCUACAUCCUUACCCUCUUUGCGAUGAAGUAUAGGGAGCGUGUUCUUGGUCUAAUACUUGUUUCCCCUUUAUGCAAAGCACCCUCUUGGACAGAGUGGAUAUAUAGCAAGGUCGUUUCAAAUUUACUGUACUUUUAUGGGAUGUGUGGUGUUGUUAAGGAGUUCUUGCUUCAGAGGUACUUCAGCAAGGAAGCUCGGGGUGGUGCAAAUGUUAUUGAGUCGGACAUUGUUCUUGCAUGCAGAAGGUUGCUGGAUGAGAGACAAGGAACAAAUGUUACACGCUUUCUUGAAGCAAUUAGCCGGAGGCACGACGUAACUGACGGCUUGAAGAAACUCAGAUGUCGGACACUAAUAUUUGUUGGCGAAAAUUCUCCCUUCCACUCAGAAGCUCUCUAUAUGACCUCCAAGAUGGACAGGAAAUACACGGCAUUGGUUGAGGUGCAAGCAUGUGGGUCGAUGGUGACGGAGGAGCAACCUCACGCCAUGCUGAUUCCGUUGGAGUACUUCCUCAUGGGAUAUGGGGUCUACAGGCAAUGCCAGUAUUCGACCAGUCCGACCAGCCCGUUGAGCCCUUCAUGCAUCUCGCCGGAGUUGCUGUCUCCAGAAAGCAUGGGGUUGAAGCUGAAGCCGAUAAAGACCCGCGUCUCCAGCUGAGAAAGCAACCAAGUUCGGCGGAAGAAGGCCGGUGUACAUUUCUGCUAAUUCUUGGACGGAUCCAUGUACAAGGCAGAGGGAUUCUUGGGUGUAGAUAAAAGGAGGGAGGGCAAGUGUUAUACUCCAAAUUCAUUUGUAGUCAUAAGCCAAGCUGUCUGUAACAUUAUCUCUUUCAUUAUUUAUAUCUUCGGAUUACAAUAAGGGUGAAGAGUGUCUGGAAAAGUUCUAUCUGAAUCCCUCCCUGUUGGCCGGAUCCUCCACUUUGGGGGCAAUUUCAUUAUAUGAUUGUCAGAAACUCUCUGAAUCAGGCUAACGUGGUCCGAAUUUAUUUUUCCUAAUAAAAAACUUCAUAUAUUUAUA